UCAAGAUACAGAGAGAGCGAGGGAGUGUACAGUAACACAGUCUGUCUGAGACCCAGCUUCACUGUGUCAGAAAACCCUUCCCGGGGAGCAUGUGCGAACGGAAGGAUCUGGUGUUCGAGAGCUUUUUGAAGAAAAGGAAAGACCGAAUGAAAUUGACAUGGUCAACCUACUGGUUCAGGCUUCAAAACACCACCUUGUUCUUCUACACAAAGAAGAAACUUGAUGCUUCUCACCUGAGAGGGCAGUACUACAUAUACAUGGUGCAGUCGGUCCGUGAAGUGAAAGCAGAGAGUCAGUACCUGUUUGAAAUCACAAUGAAAAACGGGAAGAAGAAGCUGCUGUCUGCAGAGACAGAGGAGCUCCGGGCACUGUGGAUGAAGUUGCUGUGGAAAGCCAUGCAGCUUCCAGGACCCGGGAGAACACAGUCUGCCUGCACGUGGCAUGACAUUCCUGAUCUGAUGGAGAAAGCCGCUCGGAGCACGCAGAGCAGUUCCGAUGAAGACUCUGCCUCCUGCUCCUCAGACACUCCAGAGCCUCUCGCCCCCUCCGGGAGCUCACCUGCCACAGCGGAAGAGGAUCACCUGUCCACAGAACUGGAACAGUUGGAUGUUUAUGAUGUUCCGCUGUCCAGUAAGGCUGUCGAUGAUGAAGACAGGAGCACAGGCGUGGCAGGGAGAGGGCGGGCAAACAGAAUGGACACUGAAAGCAUCUACGAUUUUCCGAAGAGUUUGUUAGAGCACUCCACUGAAGAAAGCAGCAGCACCAGUAAGACGCUUCUGACUUCAACAGAAAUAGGCACCCCACACAGUGAAGCACAGGGUAGUGACCCUCUCUAUGACGAUGAUGGCAUCUAUGACAUACCCACAUCACUUUCAAGUCAUUUAACAUCACACCAGCCCUUUACAGAUACCCAAUCAGCUAUUGAAGGCAUGCAGCUGUUGGGUGAGAUUAAAUCAGGUUUAACCUUUUCCAGGGCUGGGUGGUUACAUGAUUAGCUGUGAAAGCUGAUGAGUCAUCACCGUCAUGAUCAUACAGCGAGUGUGGUGCUCUGUCAUUAAACACAAGCAGUGUGGCAACAACUAAAAUGAAUGAAGACUGAAUCAAAUGCAGAUGUGCCACAUGUUUCACAUUCAUAUUCUGUGACUGAUUCCUUGUAUUCUUGUGCACCAAAUAAUAAAAAACACACUUUACAAAGGACUAUUGUUAUU